AUGGAUGAAAACUACGUGAUGUCGUCAAACAAACGCAGCUAUCUCAAUUCAACUAAGAUUCUUUGUACUAAAAGGCUUGAAGAGUUAACCGAUGAAGAAAUAUUUUCCCUUUUGGACCGCCUGGGAUGGCCAGAAGUACCUUCUAAAAGGUUCGUAUGUCCCAAAAUUUCCCAGAGGUUGUCUCUUUGGUUGUUAAAUAAGCUUUUUUUUCAGUUGAAAAGGAGGAUAACGCAACAAGAAAAUGUAUGUCUUGAUUCAAAUAGAGGAAAAUCUAAGACGUCCGAAUAUACAUCCUGUAACAUAGGACACCCAAAUAGCUUUAGGGCCGGAGAAUUACAUCUAGUUGCUUAUUUGAUAUCUCAUAUGCAAAAACUAGAUGCUUUAUCCGCUUAUGCAUCUGUAUUGAGCAAACUAAUAUUUUUGGAUUUUAAAAAUCUCUAUAACCAUGAAAGGAAUAGUUUUGGAGAUGUUUCUCUUGUUCAGUUAUUAAAUUAUGAUCAGACAAAGAUAAAGGAUGCCUUAGAUUCGUAUGCAUCUCAUAUUGAAUCUGUACAAACAUUAGCUUCUUGUCUUACUCCAAGUGUGGAAACAUCUAAUGGACGGCAAUCCUAUUCAAAGAAGAAAAAACUUACAUUGUCAUUUAAGACCAAUGAUAUUAUUGAAAUGGUCUUGUCUGAUCUGGAGUUAUUCAAACUAUGGAACAAUGUUUAUAUGGAGUUUACAUGUGCUAGCGAUGACACACUCUUUCAAUCGGUACUAUCCAUACUUUAUAACAUUUUGAAACAUUUCACCAUUAUCAUAAAUGUUCUUCUGGAACUCCUUGAGGGAAAUACCAACAUAAAGAGCUCGUAUGAGCAUAUACUAGACCUUUUGAUGGAACCUCUAUUCAAAUUUAGAUCUAGGAUUGAUGAUAUGGAAAUGCAUACCAAAAUGAUUUAUAAUGAUUCACAAUAUCUAUAUGAUCUAAAUCAUGUGAUAUGUGAUGUAGCCUAUUCCCUUUUUAAAGUGGUAAGCUUUCCUAUAGAAAAGAAGUUCAUUUUUGGCUGUUGCGAUUUUGUCUCCUCUGAGAUAUUUGAAACUUCUAUAAACGUACCAUAUACCACACUUACUCAAGUUAGUGGUUCAUCAGUACCAUAUUCACAUAGGUUUAUGAUAAAAAUGAUAACGUUAUUGAGGUUGGCUCUUGAGGAUGAGGAACAAAUUCUUACAGUUAGAGGGGUUUGCAUUAUGUUACCAGAUAUAGUAGAAAAAUUGUUAAUUUCUACAAAGUCAUAUAUAGAGAGUAUGAAUAGUAUGAGGGAUGUUUUAUACUACAACGUAUCUUAUUUCGGCAUACUAACUCCACUUGUAAUGAACUUGUCUAAUAAAUUGUUUGAACUACCGUCUAAUAAGUCUACCUUAUCUAUAUCGUUGUUGGAAUCAAUACUCUCAUUUAUUUCAACAAUUUUUGUUGCGAAUAAUUUUAAUAUCUUCGUUUAUAAUGGAGAUAGAUCAAAUUUAAUAUCGGAGGUUGUUGAGCAAUCCAUUCAUUUCAUUUUUUUCUGCUUGGAAAAAGGAUAUGAUUUACAUUUCAUCAAUGAAGCCAUGUUUGAUAGACCUUAUGACGUCAGGAGGUAUCUUUUUGAAAUUUCAAACUUUGGAAAUGAUUCAUGUUUUAUGAAAUUUUCACAUCUACUGUGGACAUCAUUGGAUAUUCUAGUCUCAUUAAAACUUGAAUAUGCUGAUAAAAAUAUAAAUGAAUUGCUAAAACUAAUCAAAAGAGACUAUGAGGCAUAUUAUACUCAUGAUAUGGAUAAUAAAACUAUGGGAUAUUUCCUAUCUACAAAAUAUCUUUGCGAUUAUAACGAAGAUACAAUACCAAGUGAAACAUUUGUUAAAAAUUUAAUAACCGCAUAUUCUAUCUCUAAUGAUUUUGUAUCGCUAAUUGAGCAUGCCUAUAAAUUUGCGCAGAUAAAUUCACAAGGAAAACUGUUUUUUAAACAUCCAAAAGCCUUAGAAGCCUUCAGAAUGAGUAGUAUAAUAUCAUCACAAUAUCAAAUCCCAUUAGUAUUGAAUAAAUUUGUUUCAAUAGUGAGUGAUGGUAAAUCUUUCCGAUUCGUUUCUACUAUAUUGGCAGGAUAUCUGAGUGGAUUGGAAUUCGAUAAAACAAUAAUUGGAAGGAGCACAAAAGAAAUUCAUGAUCUGUUUAAGAUUAUUUCUUUUAGCUAUGAUUGUAUGGGUUUAUCGUUGGUAUUGCAAUUCACAACUACAACCAGAAAAUUGAUUUCAUGUAUAAACAUAAAUGAACUACCGGCUGUUCUAUAUGAAAUACUAGAACACGCAUAUGAAUACGUGGUAACUUUUUCAGAAAAAAAAGGAUGUGAUGUUAUGACAUGGUUAGGAAUAUUCUGGGUAUCUUACCAUCUUCUCAUGGUUGUAAAUGAUACUGGAUGUGAUAAAUACAUAGUAUGGAACAAAAAACUAUAUAAAAUCAUUAAAAACGCUCUAAAGUCUAUUACAAAAUCCAAUGAGGAUGUAAAUUUGGUGAAGAAGGCAGUGUUGUCCAUAUUUCCAAAUCUAUCUGCAUGUUCAGGCAUGCCACAUUUAAAAUCACGCGUUAAAAACCUAAUUGAUUUCCGUUUAGAGGCUUUUGAUCAAAAGUUUUCCAUACAAAUGGCUGAAAUGGUUCCUUACCUUGUUAAUUGUAAUUAUUCAGUUUGUAAAAUUGUAUUUAAGAAGAUAUUAUCUGUAAUUGCCUGUGAAGACACUGAUGUAGAGUCAAAAACGAUAUUGCUCUCUGCUGGCAAACUACUUAUUGACAAACUUAUUCCAACUUAUGGUGAAGUUUUAUUUUAUAAAUUUGCUGAAUUGUGUCUGGUUUUUUCUUCUAGUUGCAAAAAUACCUACUCGUAUACUUUAAUCGACGACGUUUUGAAAAUUAUGUUAUCUGUACUAGAAUAUGAAGAGGAUAUGGAGAAUUAUGUAUGUUUCUACCAUUUGACCUGUGAUUAUUUGAAAGUAAUAUCUGGAUCCACAAAUCUACCCGAUAAAAAAUACAAAAGACCUAGACUCAACAUUUUUGUAGUGCUAUCUGAAAUGAAAAGCCUUGUCAAUAAGAUAUGUUUAAGGGAAGAUUCCAAACAUGAGGGAAUUUUGAAAUCUAUAGCCAUGUUUCACUUCAAAGUGAUAAGAAAAAUUGGAGAUUCUAUCUAUAUGAAUUUAUUUAACACUAAAUAUUCCACAAAAGAUGUAUAUAGGAAUGUAGAUAAUGAUAUAGAAAAUCUUGUAUUGAAAGCGCUUGGGAUGGAAAAUUCGAAGGACUUGCUUAAAAUAUAUCUGGCUGGGUAUUCUGAUGAUACUAACCUAAACAAUCUCAUCAUAGUUGAAAAAAUCACAGAAGCUAUAAAUAACAAACAUACGCACAUACACCUGUUAGAGACAACCGAUGAACAAUAUCAAGUUAUUGUGAGAAAUACUAUAGACUAUUUAUCACAUUCUUCUUGUCUUGGUAUGGAGAAAUCUGGAUUCAUCUACUUGUCUGCGAUGAUAGGUUAUUUGGAAUCAUAUUCACAUCACGUUCGUAAUCAUAUGGAGUAUCUCGAUAAUAUCCAUAAUAUUUCUAGAAAUUUAAUAAAAAAUAAAUGCUAUGGCAAAAUUAUAGAACCUUUGUUAUUGAUCUUGUACAUUAUCCUCUCAAAUAAUAUGGACCUUAUUACUUCAAAUUUUACCAAAAUAUAUGAAAUUAUUCUGAAUUUAAUAAGCGCCAAACAUGAAUCCUUCCAUCAUCUUUACGUGGGAAUGUUUAAAAAAUCUACUGAUGAGGAUCUUCAUACGUUAAAGAUACUAAAAGUUCUAUUUAAUGAUUCAUCUGAUACUAACUUGUAUUGUAAGGCCAUAAGCUGUACCUGGAGUUCAUAUCUAUCUGCAAAAACAGAAAAUGACUUGCGUAAAAGAAUGGGAUCUUUUGAACUACUUCUCUUAUUAGUAUCUGAUGAUUUUUUUAAGAUGCUCAAUGACUGGGACUCUGAAAGUUUAGACUCUACAUUAAAGUCCAUAAAUAUGGUUAUUACAACGCAUCUUACUGAUUUGUGUUUCAUUACUCUAACCGACUAUAUGGACAAAAGUCUGCUGGAAUUUGUUGUAGUAAAUCUCCAAAUGAAUAAUUCUCUAUCCUUGAGGCUCUAUUCUGAAACAAAGAAAUAUGUGGGCGAAAAGGCGAAGAAAUCGCUGCAUACAAACGUAUCUGACCACUUAUUUACAACAUCAGAAAUCGCAGUAAAAAUCCUCUCCAAAUGGUUCGUUUUUAUUGUUAUAAUAAGUCAUUCCUCAGUGACAGCUCUAAUAAUCCCAAGCUAUUUAUCAUUAUUGCAACCUUAA